GCGGCCGAGGCCGCCAUGGCCAAGCAGUACGACGCGGUGGACUGCCCCUUCUGCGACGAGGUGUCCAAGUACGAGAAGCUGGCCAAGAUCGGGCAGGGCACCUUCGGGGAAGUGUUUAAGGCCAAGCAUCGGCAGACGGGCAAGAAGGUAGCUCUGAAGAAAGUGCUCAUGGAGAACGAGAAGGAGGGGUUUCCCAUCACUGCCCUGCGGGAGAUCAAGAUCCUUCAGCUCCUCAAGCACGAGAACGUGGUCAACCUGAUAGAGAUUUGCCGGACCAAGGCCUCCCCUUACAACCGCUGCAAGGGCAGCAUCUACCUGGUGUUCGAUUUCUGUGAGCACGACCUGGCGGGCCUGCUGAGCAACACGCACGUCAAGUUCACCCUCUCGGAGAUCAAGAAGGUCAUGCAGAUGUUGCUCAACGGCCUGUACUACAUCCACCGGAACAAGAUAUUACACCGGGACAUGAAGGCAGCCAACGUCCUCAUCACCCGGGACGGGGUCCUCAAGCUGGCCGACUUCGGGUUGGCGCGAGCCUUCAGCCUGGCCAAGAACAGCCAGCCCAACCACUACACCAACCGGGUGGUGACUCUCUGGUACCGUCCUCCGGAGCUGCUCCUAGGAGAGAGGGACUACGGCCCCCCCAUUGACCUGUGGGGCGGGGGUUGCAUCAUGGCCGAGAUGUGGACCCGCAGCCCCAUCAUGCAGGGCAACACGGAGCAGCACCAACUGACGCUCAUCAGCCAGCUCUGCGGCUCCAUCACCCCCGAGGUGUGGCCCAACGUGGAUAAGUACGAGCUGUACCAGAAGCUGGACCUGCCCAGGGGCCAGAAGCGGAAGGUGAAGGAGCGGCUCAAGGCCUACGUCAAAGACCCCUACGCCUUAGACCUGAUCGACAAGCUACUGGUGCUGGACCCGGCUCAGCGCAUCGACAGCGACGACGCCCUGAACCACGACUUCUUCUGGUCGGACCCCAUGCCCUCGGACCUCAAGAACAUGCUGUCCACCCACAGCACUUCCAUGUUCGAGUACCUGGCCCCGCCCCGCCGGAGGGGCGGCCACAUGCCCCAGCAGCCGGCAAAUCAGAGCCGCAACCCGGCGGCCACUAAUCAGACAGAGUUUGACCGCGUCUUCUAGGGCCGCCGGGUUGGGGUCCUCUCUUCCUUUUUUGUUCCCCCCCCCGUAGAAUCCGAUUACGUUGCUGAACCGAAGCAGCAGUCGACUUGCAUCUCCAGAUCUCUCUGUGCCCCGCUCUGGACAGCCGGGAUUCCGGAUCGACUGAUGUCGGACAUCCUGGAGGGAAGCCGACCGGACCGGUCAGGGGAAGUCCGGGACUCGGGGCGCCUCCUCCUCGGACCCCGCUUCUGGGACGGUGACCUGUAGACGACGCUGACGGCUCUCCUGUGGAAGAGGGCUUUCGGUCAAGGGGCCCCUCGAACUUCCCGACUGUGAGGGUUUGCCAGGAAGCUAUUCCAAACCUCCGUUUCCCCCUCUGUAAAAGGAGAGGACCGUAGCCAAAACCGGGGUCUCUAUGGUCCGAGAGAGAAGCCCCCUCACCUCUCACCCUCCAGCCCGAAGGGAGCCUGGGGCCGCCCUCCCGUUGCCGUGAGAUCCUUCCCAGAAGGACGCAGCUCCCACGGCCGCCAGACUGGAGGGAGCCGGCCACAGAGCGGGGGCUGGGACUCGGGAAAGGGAUCGGUUGGGUUUUCCUCCUCCUCCUCUUUGAUCCCACAGAAGGCCCGGGGGCAGAGGAGAAGGGACCGCAUUUCCUUUGGGAAUCGCUUUAUCACGUUGCCUCUUGUCGGAUUGGGUUGACUUUCUGUACGGUGGGUUCGAUCGGUUUUAAUUAAAAGCUUGACUUUUCGUAGCCA